AUGUUCCCUGCUGACGUCAUCGUUGGCGGAGUCAAGGACGGUCAGACCUACUUCAAGGACUAUCACACUACUGAGCAUGCCCCGCCAGUAGUUGACCAAUCACAGGACUGGUUCCUCAUCGCUGGCAAGGAAACUGCAUCCGGGACAGUCCUAACCUUUGUGCUCAAACUCAACACCUGUGAUAGUGUUGGUGAUAUGGUCAUUACGGAUGACACUACUAGACUUAUCUUCUCCUACAAUCCUGUUGACGUGACGAGUUAUAUCCCUUACCAUGGCGCCACCAGGAGAGGAACGAAGAGCGUCAUGCUGCGGUCUUUAUCGUUGACACCUGAGGACGUCAACUUUCCUUCCGACAUAUCUACGUUCGACUUAGUUCAAGACAAUUACCACGUUCCGAACAGCACCACCACCUACGCAUGUCGAGCCUUUAUGUUACCUCCCCUUACCUCCAAACAUCACAUGAUCAAGUAUGAGUCAGUCAUUACUAAAGGAAAUGAACUGAACGUGCACCACAUUAUUGUCAACCGUUGUGACAAGCGUGCUGCCGAGCUAGCCGCGUACGACGGCGCCGCCUUCCAGUGUGGAGAUGGUAAAUCGGAACCGGAACCUCUGCGAAGUUGUCUCUAUAAGGUCAUCAUCGCUUGGACCGUCGGAGGGGAGAGGUAUGACUUGUUUAACUCUGGCACGCUGCUUCGAGAGGAAGCUGGAAUAAGACCAACCUGA